AUGUCACUUACGGGGUUGGUUGUGAUAGUUCUGUCGACGGCGUGGCGCCUGCGCAGGUGCGGGCGGGCCAAGGCGCCCGCGGCGCACAGCAACACUGCCCCGCCAAUGCAUGCGCCCGCCCACCACCACCCUGAAAUGACCAUCAAGCAAGCAUAUAACUCUCGGAGUCAUUCCUUUAACUCGUGGUUAGAAGCGCGGGGGCGGCGUCUACGUCUGGUGUCGGUCUGCCGGGCCCUGCCUCCGAUCACCGAAAUAACUUCUCCAGCUGGCGUUACCUGGCCACGUGGUGAUCCCGCUCAUGGCAUCCAAACUCACCGGCUCCGAGAACCGAAAAGAGCUGACUCGGUUUGA